AUGUCUGACGGUUGUUGUGAAGAAACUCAUAAGGAUUCUCAUUAUUCACCAGGUUACUAUUGGUUGGGUAAUGAUACCUUGAAGGUACCACUUGUAUUACACAGAGAGAACAGACAAAGAUUAGCAAAGUCUAUUCUCACUUCAAAGGAUAAGGAUUCAAUUGAACCAAAUUCCUUUGUAUUAUUCCAAGCUGGUAAAUCAACAACUGCAUAUGAUACUGAUCAUGAACCAUUGUUUAGACAAGAAAAGUUCUUCUUCUGGGCAUUUGGAUCUGAUAUGCCAGAUUGCUAUGGUGUUGUCGCAUUGGAUAGCCAAGAGAAUCCAACCUCGACUUUGUUCAUUCCACGUUUGCCAGCUGAAUAUGCCACUUGGUUGGGUCAAAUCCACUCGAAAGAGUACUACAAAAAGAUAUUCUUGGUUGACAAUGUCGAGUUUGCCGAUGAGAUGACUGCUUAUUUGAAGAAUUUGAACUGCUCUACCCUCUACACUGUUGCCGGUUUGAACACUGAUAGUCACAACCACACCGAACCACUCACCUUCAAGGGUAUCGAGGAGUUCAAGGUCAAUACUACUCUUGCUUUCCCCUAUGUCGCAGAGUGCCGUGUCUUCAAGACACCAAAGGAAAUCGAGGUUCUCCGUUACUCGGUAGAGUCGACCUGCAAGUCACACAUGCAAGUGAUGCGUAAGAUCCGUCCUGGAAUGAAGGAGUACCAAUGCGAGUCGAUCUUCUUGUAUCACGCUUACCACGAUUUCGGUUGCCGUAACGUCGGAUACACUUGUAUUUGCGCUGCCAACAAGAACUCGAGUGUACUUCACUACGGUCACGCCGGUGAGCCAAAUGCCAGCACUAUUCGUGACGGUGCAAUGUGUCUCUACGAUAUGGGUGCCGAAUACCACGGAUACACUGCCGAUGUCACAUGCUCAUUCCCAGCGAACGGAAAGUUCACUGAAGAUCAAAAGAUUGUUUACAAUGCCGUUUUGGAUGCCUCGCAAUCUGUCAUCAAGGCUAUGAAGCCAGGUGUCGAGUGGAUCGACAUGCACAAGUUGGCAGAGAACCGUAUCCUCAGUGGAUUGCUCGCCGGUGGUAUCCUUGUAGGUAGCCUCGAAGAGUUGGUUGAAAACAAGAUUGGAUCUGUUUUCUUCCCACACGGUCUCGGUCAUUUGCUUGGUUUGGAUACUCAUGACGUCGGUGGUUACCAAGGUGACGCCAAGCCAAAGGUCAACUCAUUGCGUACCACCCGUUCCCUCAUUGAAAACAUGUUCAUCACUGUCGAGCCAGGAUGUUAUUUCAUCGACCAUUUGUUGGACCAAGCACUCGCUGACCCAAGCAAGGCCAGAUUCUUCAACAGAGAUGUGUUGGCUCGUUUCAGAAACUUUGGAGGUGUCAGAAUCGAAGAUGACGUCUUGGUCACCGCCACCGGUUGUGAAAACUUCUCAAAGAUGGUUCCAAGAACCGUUGAGGAGAUUGAAGCCUACAUGAAACAUUAA